AUGAACGCAACUCUAGGAGAUCCGUUCCUACUAGCAAGCUAUGGUCUUCCAUCCAUCUCAAAGAAAGGGAAAGGAAAGGAAAAGGCAUCCGACGAACGGCACUUCAUCUUCGCGAGUCAUUCCAGUGUACCAAAUAGUGACGACGGACAGGUAACACUUGCUGUUCAAGGCGAUGGUAUACACAUAUUUGAGCUUGGAGACCUACACCCAGUCUCUUCCCAUGCACUCGGUCCCUCCACAAGUUUCGCGUCUUCACCUGUUACCCAGACCUGCUCAGAAGGAGAGGGCAGUGUACGAUGGACAUAUGCAGCUAUUCAAUCCGCUCAAGACUUGAAGAAAGAAGAUUCAGGCCGAGUAGUUUGGGCAUGGAAGGAGCAGGUGGCCGGCGAUGUCGGCUCGUCGCAAGACAAACUGUCAACGAAGCUAUCGCACGACGUUUCCCACCUUGUUGCCCUACGCGAAUUAAAUUCUAUCGUCGCGGUAUCCGGCACCGGCAGUUUCACGCGUUUGGACUUGGACCUGAAUGUGAAGAACUCCUGGUCGCCGGAAAAUGAUUCACGAAGAUUAAUUAAAUUAUUCGAGUUUCCGCGACGAGAUUGCCGAUUCAUCCCGGGAGAGAACCAACCAAACGGAUCUGUCCUGGUCGUGUUCGUUGAAGAUAACGCAAAUAUAUUCCUGCAAAGCUUUGUUCUGGGACCCGAGGAAGAGAUGAGCAUUUCGGAUCCGCUCGAGUUACCAUUGGAAAAUGCGAAGGAUAUCAUUGACAUCUCAUGCAGUUCUGUCGGGAACAUGAGCAUACUUACGUCCAAUGGGACGUGGAUGUUCUACCUUCUCGAAGUCAGAGAUGGCUUGACGAGUAUAUCACCCGGAUCUUCGCCCUUGCAACUACGCUCCCUAACCUUUACUUCCGGAAGCAGUAAUAAGGUGGCGGGACAAGUGUCUUUGCUGAGUCUCAGGUCAUCGUUUGUUUUACUUGCUGGUAUCACCUCAAAAGAAAUUGCUCUUUUAUUAUGGGAUAUCCAAUACGGCGUACUCCUUCACUCCGUAAUGCUUCCUAUCCCUGCAGGUCUCGAGAACUCUGCAAAUGCAUUAUCAGUGCAUCUCUCGCCAGGCAGCACAUCUCAGGCAAUUUUAGUGCUCUCACCGACAUCGACGAAUACAAAGCGCAAUAGUCAAUUUCGUUCAAACGUGUGGCUAGUCCCAUUUUCCGUUCCUGAACGUUCAACUAUUGCUCUCGCUAUGGGCAAGGCAGCUCAGGGUUCACCGUGGCUCGCAUCUAAUGAUUUACAUUCUCCAUCGAAAGACGGGGAGUCGCAAGGAAAGGAAGCGAUGCUAAGGGACUUGCGAGAAGCAGUAGAGAUGGAACAGUGGGAAACUGCCAAUGACGUUUUCUUUAAUUGGCUCAAACGUCACGAGCCAAAGGCGCAGAAUCAAGAUCCUUCUCAUGCAGCUGCGGACGGCACUGCCACCAACGAACAGCGAGAUGUGGAAAUGACAGAAGGAGAAGUAGUGAAAGGUCAAGAUAGCAAGCGUCCUCCGUUGAAAAGUAUUCUUGACCAUGCAUUUGUCGCCCGUAUAUUGUCGAUCAUUCUUCAAUCCGAAGGACAAAAGAAACACUAUUCACCGAAAAUCGUUCGGUGUCUCGUAACCAGGUAUCUUGUUAGCCAUAGUAUGGUGGCGUGUGGAUUAUUACAAGUUCUGGUUGAGCUGAAUGAUUGGGAAACUAUACGCGAAUGCUUUACAUAUGUCGUGGACCUUCCCGAAAACGAGCUGAUACGACUACUGCAACUCGUGGUUAAGCAUCAUCGGAAUCAGGCUACCCCAGAUGAUGACAUUAUGCUCGUGGACAAGCCUAAGAAAAAAUCGCGAGGUCCCUGGAAUGAGAUCCCCUCAGUCAUUACCUUCCUGACUCGCGUCGUGGAUUGCCCAGCGGCACCAGCUGCAUGGCGUGUAGCACUCCGUGAACAUUUUGCAGACGUUGAAAAUCUUAUGGUCUUGCUGACUAUCUGUGACGAAUGGUUGCGCGUGUUCACAGAGAAGGACUUGUCACUUGCACUUGGUGAGGUAUCAUUGAAUGAACACAGCAUUCCUGUUCCGGUCCAACCAAAAGCGAAGAAGUCGUCUCGCCAGAAGAUACCUUCACUAGAGAAUUUACUCACCUUCCUCCAAGCCAUCCUAGACUCCUCCUUCCUCACCCUCCUUCAAAAUCCCGCAUCCCACGCUCUUCUCCAAAGUAUCUCAGAAAACGUCUCACUAAUCCAAGCCGAGAACCUCGGCCUAGUUGGGCUAUGUGGACCACUCGACCCAUUUGCUCGUGUACAACGAAAGUCGUUGGCAGAUGCUGCUUCAGGAGGGAAGAAGCGCGAUGAGGUUGAUUGGCAGAAACGUCGGAAACAAGCGCAUGAGCAGGCUGCGAUUAGUUUAGGGCCUUAUCAGGAUAUAGACCUUUUCUUCGUCAAUAGCCUGCAUUAUUUCGUCAUUGCAAUUUACAAUUUCAUUGAGUCAACUGAAGCCGUCAGCGACACUGCGUCGAGAGAUGCCUCUGCAGACAAGUCAGGUCCACUUGUUAAAGAACUCGUUACAGGAAAAGGCUUUGAAGUCGUCAAUACGCUGAUCGUAUCAGAUGAAGAGCAAGAAAUCAGGCAAGCUGUCGUACGCUGGAGUGCAUCUGGAGACGUGGAUUGGAUAAUAACUACUGGAGGAACUGGAUUUGGCGUCAGAGAUCGAACUCCUGAAGCGAUAAAGCCUUUGAUAGAACGCGAAGCAGCUGGGAUAAUCCACUUGCUUCUCUCCGCAUCACUUUCGCAUACUCCACUUGCAGCUCUAUCUCGUCCUAUCGCUGGUACGGUGCGUGGUAGCAAUACCCUCGUGGUCACACUUCCGGGGAGCACAAAAGCAGUACGUGAAAACAUUAGCGCACUGAUCGGGACCGAAGGCCCUGGGAUUGGCGUCAUUGGGCAUGCACUCGAGCUGCUACGAGGCGGUUCAGGAAGAGAAGUACAUUCGGCGUUGGCUCGAGGCGAGAACCCUGUCUCGCCCUUGAAACAGGAAACCAGUGGAAUAGCUCAAGAACAUGACUGUGGUCAUCAUCACCAUCAUCAUGAGCACCGCUCACAAUCGUCGUAUGUUCAGGCCGAUCCAAGUUCUUCAGUGGCUGCAAGGCAUAGGAUCUCGCCAUUCCCUUUGAUAUCUUACGAAGCCGCAUUGGGAGCUAUAUUCCAUCACAUACCGGUUACAGACGUCGUGAAACAAACGGUUACAUCGGCUUUGAAAGGAUCCGUACUCGCCGAAGAUGUAUAUGCAUCUCAUGAUAUCCCAGCGACACAGACGACGAACAUGGAUGGUUACGCGGUACGAUCAUCUGAUGCACCUGGUGUCUAUCAAGUUCUCACUCCUCAAACGCAUGCGCUUGCGAUCCCUCUUCCAACUGGAAAUAUUUACCGCAUAAACACAGGGGCUCCGCUACCAGCUGGCACAGAUAGCAUCGUCAUAGUCGAAGACACUCAACUAGUCUCUUCGACAGCGGACAACGAGGAGAAAGAAGUACGAACUUUGGCACAAGUCAAAUCUGGGGAGAACGUUCGCGCCCCCGGUUCGGACGUGAGGAAAGGCGAUCUAGUACUAUCUAAAGGUGAGAUAAUCAGUGGGACUGGGGGUGAAAUCGGGACGCUUGCGUUCGUAGGACGUAAGGAGGUAUCUGUUUUCCGUCGACCAGUUAUCGCGGUCAUGAGCACAGGCAAUGAGCUAGUGGAUCUUCAAGGUUCUUUGGAGGGGAAAUCGCAAUCGUAUAAUGCACAAGAAAGCUGGAGUGGAAUCUGGGAUACGAACCGUCCGUCCUUGAAAGCCGCUCUAGAAACAAUGGGAUAUGAAGUUAUAGAUUUAGGAAUCGUCAAGGACGACACGCAAUCGCACAUCGAAACGCUGAGGAGUGGCCUCCAGCGAGCAGAUUUAGUACUGACGACGGGUGGCACGUCAAUGGGCGCCUCGGACUUGCUCAAACCUGUCAUCGAGAAGCAUCUCGGCGGGACAAUUCAUUUCGGACGCGUGACUAUCAAACCGGGAAAGCCAACGACGUUUGCAACUAUACCCGUAGGAAAUGAAGAGAAACAGCGUUUCAAGCCCGUCUUCGCACUUCCCGGAAACCCUGCAUCGGCACUUGUAUGCUUCUACAUAUUCGUCGUUCCUGCGUUGAGAAAGCUGGGUGGCUGGCCCAUAUCGAAAUGUCAGCUUCCGCGAGUGCGCGUUCAGCUCGCAGACUCGAUGCGCCUAGAUCCGCGGACAGAAUUUCAUCGCGUAGUGAUUGGUGCUGGACCGGAUGGGUUAUUGGCAAGGAGCACGGGUGGACAACGAUCAAGUCGUGUGGCAAGCCUAAGUGGAGCAAAUGGACUAGUCGUGCUGCCACAGAAGAAAGAAGGCGGACCGGCCGAGUUGAAGGCUGGGGAAAUAGCAGAAGCCAUUUUGAUUGGAGAAAUUGUAAUGGAUUGAUUGAUUCUUGAAAGCGCAAGUGAGUAUCUACAUUAAC